UCUGUUCCCUCGCCUUACAAGUCCAGACGCCCAGCCCGCCGCGAUGCUUUUCGGCCCGGGACUCACGCUGUCACCUCCAGCCCUGGCCCUGGCUCUUACCUUGGCCUUGUUGGUCAGAUCUGCAGCUCCUGCCUCCUUCUUUGGGGAGAACCACCUGGAGGUGCCCGUGCCCACGGCCCUGACCAGAGUAGACUUGCUGCUGCACUUCUCCACGCCUCAACCCGAGGGCCUGCUUCUCUUGGCAGCGGGCCAAGCUGACCACCUACUGCUUCAGCUCCACUCCGGCCGCCUGCAGGUCAGACUCGUCCUGGGACAAAAGGAGCUGAGGCUGCAGACCCCGGCUGACGCAGUGCUGAGCGACUCUGCCCCCCACACCGUGGUGCUCACUGUCGCCAACAGCUGGGCUGUGCUGUCUGUGGACGGGCUCCUGAACACCUCUGCCCCGGUCCCGGAAGCCCACCUCGAGGUCCCCUACGGGGUCUUCGUGGGCGCCCCCGGAGGCCUUGACCUGCCGUACCUGAAGGGAAUCAGCCGGCCGCUGCGGGGCUGCCUCCACUCGGCCAUUCUCAACGGCCGCAACCUCCUCCGCCCACUGACCCCGGGCGUUCAGGAAGGCUGUGCCGAAGAGUUCUCUGCUGGUGAGGAUGUGGGCCUGGGCUUCUCUGGACCCCACUCCCUGGCUGCCUUCCCUGCCUGGAACACUCAGGAGGAGGGCACGCUGGAGUUCACACUCACCACGCGGAGCCAGCAAGCCCCCCUGGCCUUCCAAGCGGGCGACCAGCGCGGCAACUUUAUCUACGUGGACAUAUUUGAGGGCCACUUGCGGGCCGUGGUUGAAAAGGGCCAAGGCACCAUGCUGCUCCGUAACAGCGUGCCCGUGGCCGAUGGGCAGCCCCACGAGGUCAGCGUACACAUAGAUGUCCACCGGCUGGAGAUCUCCGUGGACCAGUACCCGACGCGCACCUUCAACCGCGGGGUCCUCAGCUACCUGGAGCCGCGCGGCAGUCUCCUCCUGGGGGGGCUGGGCCCAGAGGCCUCUCGCCACCUCCAGGAACACCGCCUGGGCCUGGCACCAGGGGGCGCCAACAUCUCCCUGGUCGGCUGCCUAGAGGAUUUCAGCGUUAACGGCAGAAGGCUCGGCCUCCGGGAUGCCUGGCUGACCCGUGACAUGGCCGCGGGCUGCAGGCCCGAGGAAGAGGAGUACGAGGAGGAAGCCUACGGCCCGUACGAGACCUUCUCCACCCUGGCGCCGGGGGCCUGGCCAGCCGUGGAGCUGCCGGAGCCGUGCAUCCCCGAGCCAGGACUGCCUCCCGUCUUCGCCAACUUCACCCAGCUGCUCACCAUCAGCCCCCUGGUGGUGGCCGAGGGCGGCGCCGCCUGGCUGGAGUGGCGGCACGUGCAGCCCACGCUGGACCUGACGGAGGCGGAGCUGCGCAAGUCCCAGGUCCUGUUCAGCGUGAGCCAGGGCGCCCGCCACGGCGAGCUGGAGCUAGACAUCCCGGGAGCGCAGACUCGGAAAAUGUUCACGCUGCUGGACGUGGUGAACCGCAAGGCCCGCUUUGUCCACGACGGCUCCGAGGACACCUCUGACCAGCUGAUGCUGGAGGUGUCGGUGACCGCCCGGGCGCCCGUGCCCUCCUGCCUGCGGAGAGGCCAGAGUUACAUCCUACCCAUCCAGGUAAACCCUGUCAACGACCCGCCGCGGGUCAUCUUCCCGCACGGCAGCCUCAUGGUGAUCCUGGAACACACACAGAAGCCCCUGGGACCCGAGAUUUUCCAGACCUAUGAUCCGGACACUGCCUGUGAGGGCCUCACCAUCCAGCUCCUCGGUGCCGCCACCAGCGUCCCCGUGGAGCACCGCGACCAGCCCGGGGAGCCAGCCACUGAGUUUUCCUGCCGGGACCUGGAGGAGGGCAGCAUGGUCUACGUCCACCGCGGCGGGCCCGCCCAGGACCUGACCUUCCGGGUCAGCGACGGGAUGCAGGCCAGUGCUCCAGCCACGCUGAAGGUGGUGGCUGUCCGGCCGGCCAUACAGGUCCACCACAGCACGGGGCUGCGCCUGGCCCAGGGCUCCGCCGCGCCCAUCUUACCGGCCAACCUGUCGGUAGAAACGAACGCCGUCGGGCAGGAUGUGAGUGUGCUGUUCCGAGUCACCGGCACCCUGCGGUUCGGGGAGCUGCAGAAGCAGGGGGCCGGGGGGGUGGAGGGCACCGAGUGGUGGGACACGCUGGCGUUCCACCAGCGCGACGUGGAGCAGGGCCGGGUGCGGUACCUGAGCACCGACCCGCGACACCACGCGCAAGAUACGGUGGAGGACCUGACCUUGGAGGUGCAGGUGGGCCAGGAGACCCUGAGCAACCUGUCCUUCCCGGUGACCAUCCAGAGGGCCACGGUGUGGAUGCCGCAGCUCGAGCCUCUGCAGACGCAGAGCCCCCAUCAGGAGACCCUCAGCCCCGCCCACCUAGAGGCUGCCCUGGAGGAGGGGGAGGCGGGCCCCCACCCUCACACCUUCCACUAUGAGUUGGUUCAGGCCCCCAGGAAAGGCAACCUGCUGCUCCAGGGUUCGAGGCUGUCAGACGGCCAGAGCUUUACCCAGAAUGACCUGCAGGCCGGUCGUGUGACCUACAGGGCCACCGCUCGGACCUCUGAGGCGGCCGAUGACUCCUUCCGCUUCCGUGUCACGUCUCCGCCGCAUUUCUCCCCGCUCUACACCUUCCCCAUCCACAUCGGCGGUGACCCGAAUGCCCCCGUCCUCACCAACGUCCUUCUCGUGGUGCCCGAGGGAGGGGAGGGGGUCCUGUCUGCUGACCACCUCUUUGUCAAGAGUCUCAACAGUGCCAGCUAUCUCUAUGAGGUGGUGGAGCAGCCCCACCACGGCAGGUUGGCCUGGGGGGAGCCGAAGGGGAAGGCCACCCCAGUGACAUCCUUCACCAAUGACGACCUGCUCCACGGCCGGCUGCUCUACCAGCAUGAUGACUCUGAGACCACAGAGGACGAUAUCCCGUUUGUGGCCACACGCCAGGGCGAGGGCAGCGGUGACAUGGCCUGGGAGGAGGUGCGCGGUGUCUUCCGGGUGGCCAUCCAGCCUGUGAACGACCAUGCCCCCGUGCAGACCGUCAGCCGGGUCUUCCAUGUGGCCCGGGGCGGGCAGCGGCUGCUGACUACAGAGGAUGUGGCCUUCAGUGAUGCCGACUCAGGCUUCACCGACUCCCAGCUAGUGCUGACCCGCAAGGACCUCCUCUUCGGCAGCAUCGUGGCUAUGGAGGAGCCCACGCGGCCCAUCUACCGCUUCACCCAAGAGGAUCUCAGGAAGAAGCAAGUCCUAUUCGUGCACUCCGGGGCCGACCAUGGCUGGCUCCAGCUCCAAGUGUCUGACGGGCAACACCAGGCCACUGCCAUGCUGGAGGUGCAGGCCUCAGAGCCCUAUGUUCGAGUGGCCAACAGUUCUAGCCUCGUGGUUCCUCAAGGGGGCCAGGGCACCAUUGACACAGCUGUGCUCCACCUGGACACCAACCUGGAUAUCCGAAGUGGAAAUGAGGUCCACUACCAUGUGACAGCUGGCCCUCACUGGGGGCAGCUGCUCCGAGAUGGCCAGCCAGUCACCUCCUUCUCCCAACGGGACUUGCUGGAUGGGGCCAUUCUCUACAGCCACAAUGGCAGUCUGAGCCCCCAGGACACCGUGGCCCUCUCUGUGGCAGCAGGCCCAGUGCACACGGACACCAUCCUACAAGUGACCAUUGCCCUGGAGGGACCCCUGUCCCCACUGCGACUGGUCCAGCACAAAAAGAUCUACGUCUUCCAGGGGGAAGCGGCUGAGAUCAGAAGGGACCAGCUGGAGGUAGUCCAGGAGGCAGUGCUGCCUGCAGACAUCAUGUUCUCGUUGAGAAGCCCCCCAAACGCCGGCUACCUGGUGAUGGUGUCCCACGGUGCCUCUGCAGAGGAGCCGCCCAGCCUGGACCCCGUGCAGAGCUUCUCCCAGGAGGAAGUGAACUCGGGCAGGGUUCUCUACCUGCACUCUCGCCCUGGAGCCUGGAGCGAUUCCUUCUCCCUGGACGUGGCCUCGGGCCUGGGUGACCCUCUCGAGGGCAUCUUCGUGGAGCUGGAGGUGCUGCCUACGGUCAUCCCCCUGGAUGUGCAGAACUUCAGCGUCCCUGAGGGCGGCACCCGUACCCUGGCCCCUCCGCUGCUCCAAAUCACUGGGCCCUACUUCCCCACACUGCCAGGCCUUGCCCUACAGGUGCUAGAGCCACCACGUCACGGGGCCCUGCAGAAGGAGGAGCAGCCCCAGGACGGGAGCCUCAGCACUUUCUCCUGGAGAGAGGUAGAAGAGCAGCUGAUCCGCUAUGUGCAUGAUGGGAGUGAGACACCGACAGACAGCUUUGUCCUGGUGGCUAACGCUUCAGAGAUGGAUCGCCAGAGCCAACCCAUGUCCUUCACCGUCACCAUCCUGCCUGUUAACGACCAACCCCCUGUCCUCACCACAAACACAGGCCUGCAGAUCUGGGAGGGGGCCACUGUGCCCAUCCCCCCCGAGGCCCUCAGGGGCACAGACAAUGAUUCUGGGCCAGAAGACUUGGUCUACACCAUCGAGCAGCCCAGCAAUGGACGGAUAGUGCUGAGGGUAGCGCCAGACUCUGAGGUCCGCCGCUUCACACAGGCCCAGCUGGACAGUGGGCUCGUGCUCUUCUCACACAGAGGAGCCCUGGAAGGCGGCUUCCACUUCAGCCUCUCUGAUGGCGCACACUCUUCUCCUGGACAUUUCUUCCGAGUGGUGGCCCAGAAGCAGGUGCUCCUGUCAUUGGAGGGCAGCCGGAAGUUGACUGUCUGUCCAGAGUCUGUGCAGCCGCUGAGCCCCCGGAGCCUGAGCGCCAGCUCCAGCACAGGCACUGACCCGAGACACCUGCUGUACCGGGUGGGGAGAGGCCCCCAGCUUGGCCGGCUUUUCCACGCCCAGCAAGGGAGUACAGAGGAGGCCUUGGUGAACUUCACCCAGGCUGAGGUGAAUGCUGGGAAUAUUCUCUACGAGCAUGAGAUGUCCUCUGAGCCCUUCUGGGAAGCCCACGACACCAUUGGUCUCCUGCUGUCCUCACCACCCGCCAGGGAAGUGGCUGCCACCCUUGCUGUGGUUGUGUCUUUCGACGCUGCCUGUCCCCAGCGCCCCAGCCGCCUCUGGAGAAACAAAGGUCUCUGGGUCCCUGAGGGCCAGCGGGCCAAGAUCACUGUGGCUGCCCUUGAUGCCUCCAACCUCCUAGCCAGUGUUCCAGCAUCCCAGCGUGCUCGGCAUGAUGUGUUCUUCCAGGUCACACAGUUCCCUACCCGGGGCCAGCUCUUGGUGUCUGAAGAGCCACUCCAUGCCGGGAGGUCCCACUUCCUGCAAUCUGAGCUGGCUGCAGGACAGCUGGUCUAUGCCCAUGGUGGUGGGGGCACCCAGCAGGAUGGCUUCCGCUUCCGCGCCCACCUCCAGGAACUGUCAGGGGCUCCUGUGUCAGGACCCCAAACCUCUGAGGCCUUCAGCAUCACUGUGCGGGAUGUGAAUGAGCGGCCACCUCAGCCACAGGCCUCCAUUCCACUCCGUGUCACCAGGGGCUCACGAGCGCCUGUCUCUCGAGCCCAGCUCAGUGUGGUAGACCCAGACUCGGCUCCAGGGGAGAUUGAGUAUGAAGUACAGAGGGCACCCCACAAUGGCUUCCUGAGCCUGGCUGGGGACAACACCGGGCCUGUGACCCACUUCACACAGGCCGAUGUGGACGCAGGGCGGCUGGCCUUCGUGGCAAAUGGGAGCAGUGUGGCUGGCGUCUUCCAGUUGAGCAUGUCUGAUGGAGCCAGCCCCCCAAUACCCAUGUCCCUGGCUGUGGAUGUCUUGCCAUCCACCAUAGAGGUGCAUCUGCAAGCACCCCUUGAGGUGCCCCAAGCUUUGGGACGCUCCUCACUGAGCCGGCAGCAGCUCCAGGUGAUUUCAGAUCGUGAGGAGCCGGAUGUAGCAUACCGCCUCACUCAGGGGCCCCUCUAUGGGCAGCUGCUGGUGGGCGGGCAGCCCGCCUCUGCCUUCAGCCAGCUGCAGGUAGACCAGGGGCAAGUGGUCUUCGCCUUCACCAACUUCUCCUCGUCUCAGGAUCACUUCCGAGUCCUGGCUCUGGCCAGGGGCGUGAAUGCAUCAGCCACUGUAAAUGUCACAGUGCAGGCUCUGCUGCGCGUGCGGGCAGGUGGGCCAUGGCCUCAGGGUGCCACCCUGCGCCUUGACCCCACUGUGCUGGAUGCCAGUGAGCUGGCCAACCGCACAGGCAGUAUGCCCCACUUCCGGCUCCUGGCAGGACCCCGAUAUGGCCGCGUGGUCCGUGUGUCCCAAGCCCGAACAGAACCUAAGAGCAACCGACUUGUGGAACAUUUCACUCAGCAGGACCUGGAAGAGGGACGGCUGGGGCUGGAGGUGGGCCGGCCAGAGGGUAGGUCAACUGGCCCAGCAGGUGACAGUCUUACUCUGGAGUUGUGGGCAAGGGGCGUCCCGCCUGCCGUGGCUCUGCUGGACUUUGCCACGGAGCCUUACCAUGCGGCCAAGUCCUACAGUGUGGCCCUACUCAGUGUCCCUGAAGCUGCUCGGACAGAAACAGAGAAACCAGGAAGAAGCACCCCUACUGGCCAGCCAGGCCAAGCAGCAUCCAGCCCCGUGCCCACUGCGGCCAGGGGCGGUUUCCUGGGCUUCCUAGAGGCCAACAUGUUCAGCGUCAUCAUCCCUGUGUGCCUGAUCCUCCUGCUUCUGGCCCUCAUCUUGCCCCUGCUCUUCUACCUCCGCAAACGCAACAAGACAGGCAAGCACGACGUCCAGGUGUUGACCGCCAAACCCCGCAACGGCCUGGCUGGUGACACAGAGACCUUUCGAAAGGUUGAGCCAGGCCAAGCCAUUCCACUCACAACUGUGCCUGGCCAGGGACCCCCAGGAGGCCAGCCUGACCCAGAGCUACUGCAGUUUUGCCGGACACCCAAUCCUGCCCUCAGGAAUGGCCAGUACUGGGUGUGAGACCUGGCCUGUGCCCAGAGGCUGCCCACCCGCCAGGCCCACUGCUCUGUACUCUGGUCUGGCCUGAGGAUCUCCAGGGCCGAAAAGACCUGGAGAUGGCAGGGGUGGAGGGAACUGGGAGACAGACAGUCUAGAGAUCCUGGAAUGGGUGGAGUGAAGAGCCGGGACCUUCCUCAGCUCACUUAGACCUGGAGAACCACAGGGGCCAAGGUGACAGGCAACUAAAGCCAACUCGCUACAGAAAACAGGGUUACAUCCUAGAUGGGUCACAAUUCUGGGUCCUGGGUCUGUGGCAGAGAAGUCAUACCUGACCCAGGCUACCAGGGUCAGAAGAAGAGAGCACCCUGGGUUUUCCACUCCAGAUCUGGCCAUUUUGCUGUCUCUGAAGAACAGACUGUCCCACUCUGGUGUUGUCCUGAAGCUGAAUGGGGAGGAAUGAUCGCCAAUAGAUUAAUAUAUUCAAGGUGCACAAUGGGUGGGUUGCUCUGGGGCUGGUUAAUUUAAGGCAUCAAAGCUAUUUAACACGGUGCUAGGCUAUCCAGGCCUGCUGAGGCCCUGGAGUAUAUGGGACAGAGAAAGGGUCUGAAGCCAUUUCACCCACGGAGCCCUGUGGUAAAAGCACUGAAGCAUCGGUUAGCAGCCUUCAGUGCCUGGAUUGGGGGCUUUGAAGGCCACUCUGAUGGCCAUGCUCUCCUCAAGACUAGCGAGCAGGCAAACUGGGGCAUCUGACUUCAUGGAGCCUUGAUGAAUGGUGCUUCAGAGGCCCCGGACAGCUGCGCAUUGUUUGUGUUUGACUGUGCUCUGGGCUCUUAUCCAUGGCAGACUUCGCUCCCCUGGGGCAGGCAGGCCAUGUGGCCCAGCUUCAUGGGGGUGGGGAGGGACAGAUCUGGGCAGACUCUUGAAUUUCCACCUCCUGGAGCUUCCUGAAGUCCUCUACUUUCACCUGUACAGAUGGGCUGUUUGUUGAGAUGGGACCAAAGCCCUUACCCUACAGGGAACUUCAGGGAAAACAAUAAAAAUAAGUGCUCCCAAGCCCUCGACUUCUCAGCCUGGGUUUUGGCCCCCACAGCCCUGUUCCUCCCUGCCUCCUUUUCUUGUGCUUGCAACAGCAAAAGUGAGGGAAAUGGGGUGGGGAAGCCAAAGCUUGGGCCGCAGUGCAUAAAGGGAAGAUUCAGGCAUGUGGGCUUCUAUAUGGAAGCUUUUACUAUCUCCAUCCUUCACCACGAGGACUAAAGUACUUUUCUAAAGGAGAGGAAGCAAUACAGACACACAAAAGCCAUGCGCCCUAGGGCAUGUCAUUCAGCUAGCAAUGGGUCCUGGGAUGCCAAGUCUCCAAAAGAACGGGCAUUAUAUGAGUUACAAGGCAAACAGAAUCCUCUGGCCCUCCCUAAAAGAAGAUGAUGCAAGACCAGGGGCAAACAAAUUGUGGAACAGGGGAUCCUCCUGUCCU